GGCGUUGUUGUAUUUUGUACGUAUGAUCGGAUCGACGUGAGCGAGGCAGAAGUCGAUCUAGUGCAGCACCAGGGCCAGGGUAGUAGUUCCUGGCCUAGUGGUCGCUGUUCUCCUUUUAUUGGGUUCAUUUCACUCGUAGAAGACGUGGGACGUGAUCAUUAAAUAGGAGCAAGAGACGAGCGUGCAGUUUGUGAACGAAAAAAAAAAAAAAAAAAAUGAUAAAACGCUCUACUUCAAAGCAGUAUAAAGUAUACAACAACGGAGUAGCGUCAGGCAAACAGCGAGUGUCUUUCGCCUGGUCUCUUCUCUCGUACGGUGAACAACAAUUGAGAGGUUUCAGGAUUACGGAGGGAGACGCGCGUUAAUUUGCUGCAGCUGCAAUUGCACAAGAGAACGAUGGGAGCGACGACUACGAGGAGACGAUGCGAGGACGACUGCUUCAUUGCUGCUGCUGCUCUUGCUCAGGUUUAGGCUGAUGCCGGCUAUCGAGUAUUUGAUGUGACAGAGUAAUCUUUAACACAUUGACUCAUCAGCAUUGAUGAAAUAAUCUACUAGUUCUUUCAAAAUGAUCAGUGUGCAAUUAAAACGAAAUGUGGCCAUCAGGUGAUAAUAUAGCAUGUUUGGUAUGCUGGUUCAAGGGGUCAUGAAAGUAGUUCAAGUGAUAUAAUUUAGUCUGAUGUUGUAUACACAUUUGAGCCCAUAAUAUGAUGGGAAUAUUGUAUGAAAAGAGGCCUCUCAAAAGGCCGAGGCUAGGACCACCGGACGUCUAUCCUCAAGAACCUAAGCAAAAAGAGGAUGAAUUGACACCAAACAAUGUUAAGCAUGGCUUUACCACUUCCUUACAACUGUCGGAUGAGCACGGCACUGCUAGAAAUUGUAAUGUCACCGCAGCUAAGGUGGGAGCUUACUUUCAUAGUAUAUUGGCAAAGAAGGAAGAGCUUGCCACUAUGCCUGAUUCAGGCAGGAAGAGACAACAGAUUAAUCCAAAGGAUAAUUUUUGGCCUGUAACUGCUAGAACUAAAAAUGGUAUUGAGGCUUGGUUCAAGGAUCUGUCAGGCUGCAAGCCAUUAGUAUCUCUGGCUAAAAAAGCUCCCAACUUCAAUAAGAAAGAGGAAAUAUUUUCUAUGCUGUGCGAAUAUCAAGUGCCCAUGUUAAGAGCUGCCUGGUUCAUAAAGCUUAGUUCUGCUUACACAGUUGCAGUUUCAGAAGCUAAAAUUAAAAAGAGGCAAUUACCAGAUCCAACGACAGAAUGGACAGGAACGUUGACAAAGUUUCUUAAGGACCAGCUGUCGAAGCUUCAAGACUACUAUCAUCUAAGCAGUCACUCGUCAAGCAGCUCAAGCUUAAACACCAGUGGUAGCAGUAGCAGUAGUAGUGGAAGCGGUGCCACAGCUAAUGGACCCUCCAACUCAUCCUCGAGUAGUAGUGGUGGCAACAGUUCGAUAACAAUGAACGGCACUGCGACACCCGGUGGCCAAGGUAUCACUGCAAACGGUAUCUUGAACGUCCAGCCUGUCACACCCAACGCGAAUUUGAUUUCAAACAAUCUGUGCCCCCACACGCCGGCUAUGAGCGAGGAGCACAAGCUUGCUUUUAGACAGUGGCACUACUGCACUCAAUUAGCCAAAUACAUGUUUGAAGAAGGUCUACUAGACAGGCAGGAGCUACUCCAGUGGAUCCUCGAGCUGUUGGACAAGAUGCGCUCGGCACCGUCUGACGACGGGAUCCUAAAAAUUUUACUGCCAUUAGCUCUACAAUACCUCGAAGAGUUUGUGCAGUCGGAGCUAUUGGCUCGCAAGCUCGCUUAUCUAUGUUGUAAAAAGAUAGCGCACAUGUGUAAUAAUUUGGAUACCUCUUGCAAUCCUCAAAGUCCGUCCGCUGUCGCUGCUGCUGCCGCGGCAGCAGCAGCAGCAGCAGCAGCAACAGUAAAGAGUGAGUUAAAUGGAAACAAAGACGGCAUGUCGUUGAUAGCGCCCGUGGUCAAUCAGCUAAAUGCUUUGUUCAACGAUUACUUAAAUUGUCCUCAUCAUAAGGACGUGCUUUACGGACUCUCGGCUAUUAUUCAGGUCAUCACGUUAGAAUGUCCGACAGCAUUGGUCUGGAACAAUGUUGGUGAAGGUAAAUCGAUCUCGGUACUGAACGGUUCACCAUUGGACCAUUUGCCAUGCCCACCUGCUGCGCUGCCAAGCCCACCGUCAAGUGCGGCUGAUCCGACAAAACGCCUACUCAAGAUAGCUCAAGAAAAUAUUCGGUUGCGUUCACAGGCUGCUGAGAGUAGGUGGUCUUGCGACAAGUGGCAACAGAGCAGUGCGGGUAUGACAACGACAAGAGUAUUAGCAGCCCUGGAUGCUUUAGACCGGCAUAGUUUUGAUCGGAUGGAUGCCAACAAUUCUCUGGACACGCUCUAUGCCAAAAUUUUUACGAAUCCAACAAAAGAUGCUAGUGGCGGCACAGUGGCAGGAGUCACGCUGCCUUGCAGUAGUAGUAGUAGUAAUAACAGCAUCAAUGCCAACCCGUCGAUUUCUACGGGCGACAGUGCUAAUUCAAAGACCGAAUAUAAUCCGCAGCACGACGCGCCAAUUGUUGAGAUUUUGUGCGAGUGGGCAGUCAGUGCCGAGCGUUGGGGCGAGCAUAGAGGAAUGGCUGUAGCUAAAUUGCUGGAGAAGCGGCAGAGCGAAGCGUUGGGCGAGAACAACGAUAACGACGACAAAGAUAGUGUUUGUAGUAACGGAAAUGGUCCACCUGCGCUACCCAUCUUCCAGUCAUUGCUUAUGAAGUUCCUUGAUGUCGAUGCACCUGUGCUCGAUAACAACUCGCUCCAGUCUAAAGCGCAGUUCACAAAUCUCGUGCAUCUAUUCGCAGAACUGAUAAGGCACGAUGUUUUCUCGCAUGAUGCUUACAUGUGUACUUUAAUAUCCAGGGGUGACCUCAUACAAGGUCCAGCAGCCAGCAAAGCCAGCACACCAAGUAAUCGCGAUCCCAUGGACGAGGACAGCUUGUUUCCUGGUAUUGACUUGAAGCCGACGAAACUUGUAGAGCCGCACGACCAUUUGCGCUCAACCAACGAUUACGACGACAGCAAGAUCGACGACGACCUCGACAAGAUUUUACAAGAUAUCAAGGACGUACAGCAGAACAGUAUGGAUGCACCUGAUAGUCCCAAAGAGAGCGACGCACUCCAUGGCCCCCACGAUACCGGUCUUGACUCUUCUUCGAAGCCACCUUCUAGUCCAAGUCGGCAUCUCCUCUAUACGACUCACUUUCCUCUACCCCAAGACGAAACCUGCAGUCAGCACGAUUGCAAUCAACGACACGUACUCCUCUACGGCGUAGGCAGGGUAAGGGACGAGGCGAGACAUGUAGUGAAAAAAAUGACCAAGGAGGUGUGCAAACUAUUUGGCAAAAAGUUCAGCAUCGACGUCGCCGAGGGCGGUAAAGUCAAGAAACACUCGCGCAGCGAGUUCAACUUUGAGGCUACCACCCAAAAGUUUCAGAAUCUCAGUUACUUUGAUCAGCAUGUGGUCACUUGGCAGUGCGCAACUCAGGUCGUCGACAUGCUCAACACCUUCGUCACGGGCUCCUCGUAUCUGCCUGUUCAGGAGCACGUGGCUUUCCUCUUUGACCUCAUGGAGCUUGCUCUCAAUAUUUACGGACUCAUCGAAAUUUGCAUACAGAUUCUAAAAGAGCUUCCAGAUGUAGAGGCGCAGCUGGACGCCAGAAAGAGCAAUCUUGUACGGAACUACACGACGAAUCUUAGUCUUUACGUUGUCGGUGUCCUCAGGCGAUAUCAUUGCUGCCUUUUGCUCUCUCCGGAACAAACGACCGUGGUCUUCAGCCUCCUUUGCAAGAUGGUGGCGCACGUCUCGAAUCCUAGUGACUGCAGCUCAGCCGAGCGUUGCGUGCUGGCGCAUCUCUACGACCUAUACUCCAACUGUUCGCUUUUAAAGACCAAACCCCACAGUUCCGAGGGCUUCAACAACGCGAAUCCAAAAAUUCGCGCGGCUUAUUACACCGCACUCACGCUCACGCCAUCGAAUCACUUGUACAACUCGGAUUUCAUGUUGGACGUGCUGAAUAGCCCACGUCGCGGUGGCAAGAUCGAGCCCCAGUGGGCAAGGCAGCUCAACGAGACGCCGGCCAAUCGUUACAGCUUCGUGUGCAAUGCCAUCAUUAUCGUGUGCAGCGAAACCGACAACGACAAGCUCAACGACAUCGCGAUAACUUGCGCCGAGCUCACGGCGUGCUGCAACUCGCUGAACAACGAGUGGCUCGGCGUACUUAGCGCUCUUUGUUGUUCGUCCAGCAGUUCUACCAAUUACAUCGACGUACAGAGUCAGGUCGACGUUACUAAUUUAGCCAUCCACAAUUCGUUGGCCGUUUUUGUUUCCAUACUAAUAGCCAGACACUGUUUCUCACUGGAAGACUUUGUCCGACACAUCGCUAUCCCGUCUCUCGUAAAAGCCUGCGAUGAUGGUCGUGGCGAUGCGGACAUGGAUGCAGAGGCAGGCGCUCGGCUCACCUGUCACCUAUUAUUACGUCUAUUCAAGACGAUUGAGUGUCCUCAGCCGUCCCUCUACUCCGUGGGCACGAGUCCACACCCAAAUAAUAUUAAUCAGCGUACUUACAGUAUCAAGCUUAGCUGUGACAGGCAUCUGCUCGCCGCCGCGCAUAACAACAUCAGCGUUGGACCGCUGAUAGCUGUGCUGAAGGCAAUUCUCGUGGUGGGCGAUGCCACAGCAGGUAAACAGCCACCCAAGAAACCUGAUACGCAGAUUCACUCGGGCAAAGGUGGGCCUGGUAGUGUUGGGGGUAGCGUGUCCGGUGAGCUGUCCAUCAGUCAUAUUUUAGGAACAAGUGAUAUUCUUGGUGGGGGUGACGAUCUUGGCUUGGAUCUGGGUAUGUCGUCAUCAAACAGUAGUGUCGGAAUGACCACGGAGAAUGUGAAAGGACUCUCGGAUUUUGCUCAACACGUCUUGGGACAGAUAUGUAGUCAAAAAUGGGUUCUCGAGAGGUGUUUGCAAAAUCCGGAGGAGCUCUGUCAGGAGGACAUGCUUCUCGAUAACAUGCUCACUCCUCAACAGGCUCAAAGAUUGCUUCACAUGAUCUGCUAUCCCGAUACAUCACCAGACGCAUUUCUCGAUCAAAAAACUCACAUCACGAAUAUUCUUGAGAAUCUUGAGCAAUGGAGUUUGCGCGUUUCCUGGCUGGAUCUGCAGCUACAGUACAAACAGUUUCCACUUAAUUCAACUGAACUUUCUCAGUGGCUGGAUACCGUGGCCAAGGCAGCCAUCGAUGUUUUCCAGUUGAACAAUGUAUCCAGUAAGCCUGAGAAAAGGUCGGACUCUAUUUGGCUGGUAGCUCCUCUAGUGUCCAAAUUGCCCAGUGCUGUGCAGGGUAGAGUGUUGAAAGUAGCUGGGCAAGUGUUGGAGUCCGGUAACUGGUCCAAAGCCGCAGGUAGAGACAGUCGAAGGUCGAAGAGCCCGUCGAUGUUCAAUCACCAGCCUUUUUUGUCAUUGGUGUUGACGUGCCUGAAAGGUCAGGACGAUCAGAGGGAAGGUCUCCUGACGUCGCUGCAUUCGCAGCUGUCUCAGUUCUGCACAACUGGCAAGGAUGAAAAGAGCAUCGGCAGUGACGAUCCGAAGCUCCAGCUGCGCUUUAGCCUAGUUGGCGGUGUCUUUGACACGAUACAGCGCAACAUUGCGGUUACAAACGACUGGGCCAUGCUUCUGGUCCAACUUGUUAGCUACAGUGUCAUUGAUCUCAACAAUAGCUCUGAACUUUUCACGACAGUCAUUGAUAUGCUUGCCACUCUCAUACAUUCCACCCUAGUCUCGGAUUCACAGAGUGAAAAGGAUGAGAACAAAAAGUACUAUCAAAACCUCAUGAAGAAGUUGAAAAAGGAAUUAGGUGAUAGGAAUAAUCAAAGUAUACAGUUUGUAAGGCAGCUACUGCCACUACCCAAAGUAACAAUGGAAGUCAUAACCUGCGAACAAGUUGGUUGUCUCACAGAUACAAAGGGUAAUAAGAUUACGGGCUUCAGUAGCAUCGAUAAGAAACAAGGACUGCAAGUGUACAAUGCGCAGCGUGUUUCUGCGUGGGAGCUGCUUGAAGGUCACAAGAAUCCAGCUCCACUGUCCUGGGCCUGGUUUCGUGCCGUAAAGCUCGAACGUAAACCCUUGACGUAUCAGAACGCGCACAAACUGCUGCGUUACCACACACACAGUCAGAUCAGGCCUCCGUCGUACUACUUGGAGCCGCCUCCAUUGCCUCCCGAAGAUCUCGAGCCCGACAAAAAAGAACUAGAGCCUGGUAAGGCCGACACACCCAUGAGUGUCGACUCGCCUGGACGUAUUAUGGCUGGAAUGAGUGGUAUGGGCAAGGGCAAAACUGCCAAGAAGAGACCCCGCAAGAGCAAGGGCGCUGUCACGCCUACGAAUCCCAUGGUACCUCAACAGAUGCCGCAGGGACCCAACACCAUGCAACAGAUGGGUUACAAUCCUCAGGUGCAAAUGGCACAGCAGCCCAACAUGUUUCCUAACCAGCCGCCACAAGUGCCGCAGCCGCAGCCUCAACAACCGCAACAGCCUCCGCAGCAGCAGCAGCAACAGCAGUGGUAUCCAAAUCAACAGCAGGCUCCUCAGGCUUGUCAGCCAUACAACCCUUACGGGCAACAAAUGGCCCCCGGCCAGGUCGGUGGUCCACGUUACGAUCGUCCUGGACCCACAGGCUUCAACCAGUCGCAGUCUAAGCAGGCACUCACCAACAUGCUCAGGCUACGAUUGCCGUCGAAUCAGUUCCUGGCCACACAACAGCAGCCCCAACCACCUCAACCCCAAGCGCCCCAACAGGGCGCGAUGCCCAACGCAGGGCCUCCACCGAACGUUGCGGCUGCUUUUCCCGGGCCCACCGCUAUGCAACGCACGCAGCUUAUAAGGCAACAAAUGAUGCAACAGCAGCAACAGCAACAACAACAGCAACAACAGCAGCAGCAGCAGCAUCAGAAACAGCAUCCAGGACCACCUGGCAUGCAAGGUCCUCAGCAGGGUCUGUUCGGACCACAGCAAGCGCAGCAAACACAGCAGCAGCAGCAGCAGCAGCAACAACAACAACAACAACAACAACAACAACAACAACAACAACAACAACAGCAGCAGAGCAUGUACGCGGGUAUGCAGCAAGGUAUGAAUCAGAAUUACACCGGCUACGGAGGUCAGCAGAUGAUGGCUCAACCACAGCAACAGCAGCAGCCAAACAUGAUGGCCCAGCAACAGACCAUGUUCCAGAAUCAGCAGCAAAUGAUAGGAACGCAAAAUCAACAACAGAUGAUGAGCGCCCAGAACCAGCAGCAGAUAUUGAAUGCUCAGCGUAGUCAGGAUUACAUGCAACAGCAAAGGAUGCAACCGGGGGCUCCAAGGCCACCUUAUAUGCAGCAGGCGCCAAACGUUACGAUGAAUACAAUGGGUCCAAUGGGUGGUGGCGUACAAAACCAGCCGGCACCUCCUUACCGGCAAGCAGGUGGCAAACCCGGUGCCCUGAAUGUUGGCGGUGUUGGCCAACCCAAUGUUGGUCUUCAGCCGAAUCAACAGCAUAUGCAAAGCCAACUACUAAGCCAACAGCAGCAACGUGUAAGGCAAUUGAUCCUGCAACAGCAACAAAAUAUGCAACAACAGCAAGCCCAACAGCAAACAGGCACUGCCGGACAACAGGCAACCCCUCAACUGGUUGCCCACCUGCAGCGUAAUCUCAAUCCGGGCCCACAACAUCCUUACCAGCACCAACCACCGCCUUACUAAGUGUACUUCGUCGAGUUAAAAAAAAAAUAAAAUAAAAAAGUUUACAUGUGUAUGUGGCUGUGUUUGGCGCCUCUUCAUGGACGCAACAAUUAGUUAAAUGGAACAUGCGUUUUAGGUGAAAAAAAAAAGAGAAGAAAACAAUUUAAACCCACAGAGUCAUUGUAAAACUUGUAAAUGUUUAAGUAUUUUACUGUGGGAAAGUUUUUAAGUUGACUGCAUGAAUGGGUGUAGUUAAUUCAUUAAAAGCUAUGAAAGAAAUGAAUGAAGAAAAACAAAGCAAAUCAUUGCCGAAUUCUAUUUGAGAAGACGUAAGUAUAUGUGUAUGUAGUGAUGUUCAAGUGUGAGAGUGAUAGAAAGGUAUAAUUAUUUUUUAAUUUAGUAAGUGAACCAAUUUCAAGAAAUAGAUGGUGUGGAAACAGGGCUCUGACUUGUAAAUGAUUUUUAUUUUGCAUCAAUUUUUAAGCUGUAAAUUAUUUCAAAGAUAAUUAUUUUUUUCCUUUUUUAUUUUCAAAAUGGUGUACCAUAAUUGGUACCAACAAUCAAUGAUCAUUGUGUAUCUUAUUGAUUCAGCAUGAAAUGUAAUUUUAUAAAAUGAUAGUUGACCAAGCUCAGCUUUAAUAGAAUUUUUUUUGUAAAUAUUGUUUAGUUCCAAUUGACAAUAAAUGAAAUAUAUUAAAUUAAAACAUCCAAUUAUUGAGAAUA